UCUGCAGCCUGUGCGCCGAGCAGUAGCAGCAGCAGUGUGUUCACCAAAGAGGAGACGGGGGGGAAAAGCCGCAUACGGAAAAAGCUUGAUGGCUUUUCCUGCCUUGUGAGGGAUUUAGCUUUAUUGUCACCCUCAGGCCUGCGGGAUAUAAAACAAAAGGUUUCUGCUCCUGGGCUUUCGCAGUAGAGGACAGCAGCUCCAGAUGAGUGUAAUUGCUGCAGCGGCACAAAAGUCAGGCAGCAGCAACAACAACGGUGACAUGCAGUCAGCCUCGGUGGCUCCCUCCUUCAUCCCCAGCCAGCCGGGGAAGAUACCGGGCAGGAAGAGGGGGAGGCCCCCCCUCCGCAGCGUGGCUAAGAUGGAUUUCCCCAGCCGGUACCCAGAGUCGCUCCCGCCGCUCAAAGUGGCAAAGAAGAGGGGGAGGAAGCCAGGCUUCAAGCUCAAACCCCGGAUGGUGAUGACCCCUUUGGCAAUUUCUCCACCCAGCAGCACACCUGAGCCUGACAUGAGCUCCAUCCCUCAGGACGCUGCCACCAUUCCCCAUUCUGCCACAGCCCAGGUGCUAACAGUUUGCAUCUACAUCAACAAGCAGGCCAACACCGGCCCCAACCUGGACAGGAAGAAGAUCCAGCAGCUUCCCGAUCACUUUGGACCCGACAGACCGUCCGUGGUGCUGCAGCAGGCCGUCCAGGGCUGCAUCGACAGCGCCUUCCAGCAAAAAACCGUGUUCACUCUCCUCACACAAGGCUACGGAGGAGAAAAAAUAUCAGGUGCUGUACCAAGACCUCGACCAGCCACAUUUGACGGGAAGCAGCAUCUUUUGAGCCUCCCUGUGGUGAACAGCAUCGACUAUGUGCUCCGUUUCCUCAAGAAGCUCUGUCGCAGUCUGCACUGUGAAAACCUCUUCAGUGAUCAGCCCAUUAGCCAGCGCAGCGGUGGAUCCUAUCACUCGGACGCGGAGACAUCCGUGACUGAGGACUAUCAUGGAGACCAGCCAGAGGUCAAGCGCUACUCCGUCGACCAUGGCGAUUCUGCCUUCGGCUCCAUAAGCUCGUCCUACUCGUCAAAGUCCUCCUACGGGUUCCGCUCUUCGCAGCAGUUCUCCAGCGGCCCGGGCUCCAUCAGUAUAUGCAGGCAGCCGGCCUCCAGCCCCAACAUGUUUCCAGAUGGCAACAGGACAGGAGGAUAUAAUGCGUCUCCAGAAUCCCAGGAAUCCAAAGCUCCAGCCAAUAAGGACCCGACCACAUGGUCUGUGGACGAUGUCGUUUGGUUCAUCAGAGACGCAGAUCCCCAGGCUCUGGGCCCUCAUGCGGACAUUUUCAGGAAACACGAGAUAGACGGAAACGCUUUGCUGCUCCUGAAGAGCGACAUGAUCAUGAAGUACCUUGGACUGAAGCUCGGGCCGGCCUUGAAGCUGUGCUUUCACAUCGACAAACUAAAGCAGACCAAGUUCUGAACACUGUGCCAAGCUCCGGGUCCGGUAGAACACUCAAGAGAGGGUCGGUUCUUUGGAAGGCAGGUCUGUGAUCCACUGGGGAAAAAAAGCCUCCUUUUAAUUUAGGAUAAAGAUCUGUCUCUGACUUCUACUUUACAUAUUCACUCUUUCAGAAAUAUGUUUGACACAGUAACGUUUUAUCAAAAGUUCUCACUUAAUAUGUAGCAUUAAAUGCUGCCACCCGUGCGAUUUGGAGUAAGACGGCGUAUUGGUGGACCAAAUCCUGCAGACAGUUAUACAUUUAUCCUGGGAGAGAAUAAAACAUGAAACAUUCGCCGUUAGGAGGGAAAAACAUAUAGAAAAAUUAAAAGCAACAGAGCAAAUUCAAACAGCUGGACGGCCAAAGAGUCUGAUCAAACAUUUGUGGACAACCACACACACACACACACUAUUCCCAGAGGCUCACAGCCCAGAACGCUCUUUUUGAACCAGUUUGCCAAUAAUUUCAUGAUGUCGCGCGUGAUUAUCACAAAUUUGCCUCUCUUCCUCCUCCUACCUGAUCCAGAUGUUCAGUUCCAGCCAGCGGUCACCCAUCCCUGGCGUGAAUUUCAUAUUGAUUUU